GCUGCGGGGCAGCGCUGCCGGGGACGCCCUGUCGGUGGGAGCCUGCGGGAGACGCGGUGCCGGAAGAAGGGAAGUCAAGUGAAGUUACCACACUCCUGUGGUGUGAAGAAGCGGCACGACAUUCAGAGACCAUGCCUGUAGUACCCAGUGGCCUUAAAAGAACUGGUUAAAAGCGGGAAGAGGAACUAUUAAUUGGCACACACAACAGACGGGGUGUGAAGGCAACUGACACACGCGGUUACAUUUAGGUCAUAUUGUGGAAUCUUCUGAGAAAACAAAGGUCAUAGUAAGAAAACAAUGUUUAAUACAAGUAUCUUCACUACACAGUCAGACUGAAACAGGAACAGGUUCUCUGGAGCCAUGUGGUUAUGAUAUUAUUGAGAUUCCAUAAUGCCUCCUGCUGUGAUGGACAGCCUUGACAUCUGGGCAGUGGAUUCACAGAUUGGUGCUGAUGGCUCAAUAUCUGUCGACUUCCUGUUGCCCACUGGAAUCUACAUCAAACUGGAUGUCCCUCGAGAUGCCACCAUAUCUCAUAUUAAGCAGCUGUUAUGGAAGCAGGCACCUGCCUACCCGCUCUUCCAUCUCCUCAUGGAGAUUGACUCUUACAUGUUCUCAUGCGUGAAUCAGACUGCUGUACGUGAAAAACUAGAGGAUGAAACACGCAGACUUUGUGAUGUUAGACCCUUUCUUCCUGUCCUUAAACUAGUGACAAGGAAUUGUGAUCCAGGAGAAAAGUUGGAUUCCAAAAUAGGUGUCCUUAUAGGCAAAGGUCUCCAUGAGUUCGAUGCCUUACAAGAUCCUGAAGUGAAGGACUUCCGAGCCAAAAUGCGGAGACUCAGUGAGGAAAAGAUUCAGUCGCUUGUGGGUCUCUCGUGGAUGGACUGGCUAAAGCACACGUACCCACCAGAACAGGAACCUGUUAUCCCAGAGAGCUUCCAAGAUAAGCUCUAUAGUGGAAAUCUUGUAGUGGCUGUUCAUUUUGAUAACUGCCAGGAUGUAUUUAGUUUUCAGGUGUCUCCUAACAUGAAUCCCAUCAAGCUGAAUGAGCUGGCAAUCCGAAAACGUUUGACUAUCCAUGGAAAAGAAGAUGAGGAAGUUGAUCCUGCUGACUAUGUGCUGCAAGUUAGCGGAAGGCUAGAAUAUGUUUUUGGUGAUCACCCAUUAAUUCAGUUUCAGUAUAUACGCAACUGUGUGAUGAACAGGACUCUUCCUCAGCUGACUCUGGUUGAGUGUUGCACCAUAAAGAAAAUGUGCGAGCAGGAGAUGAUUGCCAUAGAAGCUGCCAUUAACAGAAAAUCAUCCAACCUUCCUCUUCCUCUGCCACCAAAAAAAACAAGACCAACAACUAGCGUAUGGGAUAUUUCCAAACCUUUCAAGAUUAUUCUGUUAAAGGGUAAUAAACUAAAUACAGAAGAAAAUGCCAAAGUUCAUGUGAGGGCUGGUCUUUUCCAUGGCACAGAGCUCCUUUGUAAAACGAUUGUAAGCACAGAAAUAUCCGGGAGAAGUGACCACGUUUGGAAUGAAGUACUAGAGUUUGAAAUAAACGUCUGCGAUCUACCAAGAAUGGCAAGGCUCUGCUUUGCAGUUUAUGCCGUGAUGGAUAAGAUGAAAACUAAAAAGUCAACCAAGGCAAUGAAUCCUUCCAAAUACCAAACCAUUAGGAAAGCAGGAAAAGUGCAUUAUCCUGUAGCCUGGGUGAACACCAUGGUAUUUGAUUAUAAAGGACAGUUGAAGAACGGAGAACUGGUACUUCACAGCUGGUCAUCAUUUCCUGAUGAACUUGAAGAAAUGUUGAAUCCAAUGGGAACUGUCCAGACUAACCCUUACACUGAAAAUGCAACAGCUUUGCACAUUAGGUUUCAAGAAUAUUCAAAACAGCCUAUUAAUUACCCUCCCUUUGAUAAGAUACUUGAAAAGGCAGCUGAGAUUGCGAGAAGCAGUGACAAUGCUGCGAUGGCGGGUCGAGGUGGUAAGAAGUUUUAUGUUGUGCUAAAAGAAAUAAUGGAAAGAGAUCCUUUAUCUCAACUCUGUGAAAAUGAAAUGGAUCUUAUUUGGACUUUACGAUAUGACUGUCGUGAAAAUUUUCCACAAUCAUUGCCAAAACUGCUGCUCUCUUUAAAAUGGAACAAACUUGAAGAUGUUGCUCAGCUUCAGGCUCUCCUUCAGAUAUGGCCCAAGCUGCUGCCUAGAGAAGCGUUAGAAUUGUUGGAUUUCAAUUAUCCAGACCAGUAUGUGAGAGAAUAUGCAGUGGGUUGUUUAAAACAAAUGAGUGAUGAAGAGCUCUCUCAGUAUCUUCUUCAACUUGUGCAAGUCCUGAAAUAUGAACCUUUUCUUGAUUGUGCGCUCUCCAGAUUCCUGUUGGAGAGAGCACUCGCUAAUAGGAGAAUAGGACAGAUGUUGUUUUGGCAUCUAAGGUCAGAGGUUCACAUACCUGCUGUUUCAGUGCAGUUCGGUUUGAUACUUGAAGCUUACUGCCGAGGAAGUGUUGCUCAUAUGAAGGUGCUUGCAAAACAGUCAGAACUGCAUGUUGAGAAGUGUAGAUAUAUGGAUUCUAAAAUGAAGCCUCUGUGGAUAGUAUACAACAACAAAAUGUUUGGAGGAGAUCUUGUAGGGAUCAUCUUCAAAAACGGUGAUGAUCUCCGACAGGACAUGUUGACACUCCAGAUUUUGCGUUUGAUGGACAUACUUUGGAAAGAAGCUGGUCUGGAUCUCCGGAAGUUACCAUCUGGACGGGUGGACAACUACAUACUCUGCCUGGAGGUUGUUGUCAAGUGGCUGAUCACUGGAGUCUGUACA